UUUGCUUCCAAGGAAAAGUGACAUUUGUCAACACGGAAAAUUCCAUGUGAAAUUUUUAAACAUUUCCACCUUCCUCACUUUAUCAUAAAAUAUUUCUUAAAAUUUAACUUGUUAUUAUAAAAAAAACAACUCACUUCUUAAAGUAAUGGGUAAAACAUCUAAAGACAAGCGUGAUAUCUAUUAUCGUUUGGCCAAAGAAGAAGGUUGGCGAGCACGAAGUGCUUUCAAAUUGUUACACAUCGACGAAAAGUUUCAUAUCCUAAAAGGUGUAACCAGAGCAGUUGAUCUCUGUGCAGCUCCUGGAAGUUGGAGUCAAGUUCUAUCAAAACGACUCUAUGAAGAUCGCAAAAAUGAAGAUGUCAAAAUCAUAGCUGUAGACCUCCAGGCAAUGGCUCCAUUGCCUGGUGUUAUACAAAUCCAAGGUGAUAUAACAAAACUAAGCACAGCAAAUUCAAUAAUUGAGCAUUUCGGUGAGAAAAAAGCUCAAUUGGUCAUUUGUGAUGGUGCCCCCGAUGUGACUGGCCUACAUGACAUUGACGAAUAUAUACAAUCGCAACUAUUGCUUGCCGCUCUCAGCAUUACAACACAUGUUCUAAUGCCAGGUGGCAAUUUUGUUGCAAAAAUCUUCCGUGGCAAAGAUACAAGUCUGCUCUAUUCUCAAUUGAGAAUCUUUUUCGAAACUGUAUCGAUUGCCAAGCCACAUAGCUCAAGAAAUUCGAGCAUUGAAGCUUUUGUUGUGUGUCAAAACUAUAAAUGUCCCGAUGGAUAUAUUCCACAGAUGAUCAAUCCAAUGGUGGAUGAUGUUAAAUUAAUUGCUAGUGCCACUGAAUCGGAAGUCAAUAAACAAAUUAUUCCGUUUGUUGUUUGUGGUGAUCUGAGGGGUUUCGAUUCAGAUAUGUCGUAUAGUUUAAAUCUUGAUCCUGAUUCAACAUACACGUAUCGUGAAGUAAUUCAAAAACCUAUAUCACCAGCUUAUAAGGAAAUUCUAGACAAACUUAAAUCUUGUUCCAUAAAACAUUCGGCCAUCACAGUUGAUCACCAGCAAUCACAAUCAGAAACGCAAAGUAAAACUGCAAAUUAAAAAUAAGGCUUUUUUUCUAUUUUAUUGAUGAUGUCAAAAUAUAUGUGUACAGGAAAGUGUGCUCACUAUUUAUGUGUAUGCACAAUUUCUAUCUUCAAUUCUGUAACUAAAAAUUAAUAUUUCCAACUA